UAAUGUUGUUCACGACACACGCGUUGUUAUCGUGGUCACGUCAGAUAGCAUUGUCCUACAAAACGCGAAAGCUUAUUAAACAACUUUACACAGGACAAAUGGUAUCGUGUUUAUCCGUUGAAUCCACACAGAAGACGGUUAUUUGUUAAGGCUUAACGAAAAAAAAAGGUCGCGCGACGAUUGUGUACGAUUAUAGCUAGUAGCUAACGUUAGCUAGGUUACGAAGCCAAAUAUCUGCAUAAAGUUACUGCAUGAAGUUACUUAACAGGGACAACAUGUCUAGCCUUAACAGUCGCAAUAUUUUCGAGAAAGAAACAACGUCGAUUAUGACUUUUAUCGUUGAGACGGCAGUAGCAGAAAUUAGCCAACUGUUUUUGGACAACGAAUCAAUCGCGGCGCCAAUACCAAGUAACCUGGGAAAAAAGAAACAGGUUGGCACCAUUAUGCACCUUUUGACAAAGGAGGCUGUUCGUAAAAUCUGUAGACUAUUCCUAGAGGUCUCUGCGGCUUUUCAAAAUGAAAAUGAGAAACUGAAGAUCAAGGUGGAGCAGAUGGAUAAAGAUCUGAAGGCGAUGGUUGAGAAGGGUGAGGGGCGAGAAGAACCGAAAAGACCAACCCAUAUUCUGCACAAUGGAACGAUCUUUAGAAUUAAGCCAGUUGAUCUCCCAAUGAUGCCUGUUAACAAUGUGAAGACAAACACCGUGGUCUCAGCAUUGCUCAGCAUGGGAGAUGUCAGUCAAGUAAACACUGUCAUCGUACGGGAAGAGACUACUGCGAGAAAUACAGGCUCUAGCACCGACCCUGUGAAGGAGAGGAGUGAGGUGAAAUCAGGAACUAAAACGUCAGUCAUUGAAGGUGCUGCAGAGGCUUACAGUAAACCGACAGAGACUUCUUCUCUUCUUCUCUCUGUGGGAGACUCACGUGGACUGAAUACAAAGCCCUCAUUUAGAGACACUGAAUCCAAGGGUGAACCUAUGAGAGCUGUUGUUUCAGAGGAAACAGGCAGCGGGAGAGGCAGUCAUGCAAGAGAAACAAGCAGCCGUACUGCUAAUGGCACAGAAUCCACAGAAAACAGCCACGGAAUACAGCAGAGCAUUUCCAAGCCGAGGAAACCCUUCAAGUGUGACAUAUGUGAGAAGACCUUCCACGCCAACUGUCUGUUGAAACGCCAUAUAGCAGUUCACAAUAAACCGAAAGGGCCCUUUAAGUGUGACAUUUGUGCGAAAACCUUCCGCCUGAACUGUAUGCUGACUCAACACAUGCAAACUCACUCAAAAGAGAAACCUUUCAGUUGCAAAGUUUGCGGAAAGAAGUUCCGUAGUAAGACAAAUCUGAAAUCACAUGAGUUUGUUCAUGCAGAGGUGAAACCGUUCACCUGCCUCACUUGUGGACGAGGUUUCGCAUCAAAGUACAUGCUUGACGUACACCAGCGAGUUCACACAGGUGAGAAACCAUACAGCUGUACUACGUGUGGAAAGAAUUUCAGUAUAUCUCAAAACCUGAAAACGCAUAUUAGAUCUGUACAUACAGAACGUACAGAACGCCCACACCCAUGCUCCCAGUGUGACAAGACCUUCUGGCGUCCCGUCGAAUUGCAGGAGCACCAGGUAGUUCAUACAGGGGAGAAGCCAUUUAGAUGUGAAAUAUGUCAAGCUACUUUCAGCUUUAAGGAGAACCUUACGAGGCACCAUCGAAUUCACACGAAGAAGAGGCCGCACACAUGUGAGGCGUGUGGAAAGACAUUCAUUCAGUCCACCAACUUAAAAGCUCACAUGCUAGUUCAUGGGGCAUUAAAACCAUUUAUGUGUGACGUUUGUGGAAAGACUUACCUUUACAAUUAUCAACUGAGAAUUCACAAGCUAUCACACGUGGCUGAUGGAGAGGGGCACUCAAGAACCAGAAAGAACAAGGCCAACCAACAAAAACAAACCGAUCAACCAAAACCCUUCAGCUGUGAGAUAUGUUUGAAGGGCUUCAGCUCCAUCGGUUCUCUGAAAACACAUGGAAGAAUUCACACAGGAGAAAACAUAUACACUUGUUCCACAUGCGGAAAGACUUUUCUCCAUAAAGUUACUUUUGACUAUCACCAGAAAUUACACACUGGAGAGAAGCCCAAUGCUUGUGGUUGUUGUGGAAAGAGAUUUAUUACAAAACAAUCUCUUAAGAUACAUGAGCUGAUCCAUACAGGUGAGAAACCACACAAGUGCAGUGAUUGUGGGAAGACAUUUGGAUUUAUCGGUAAUCUCAAAAGACAUGAGCGAGUCCACACGGGAGAGAAGCCUUUUAGCUGUGAUGUCUGUGGGACACGAUUCAGACAAGCAAAUCAUGUCAAAACCCACAUGCAAGUGCACACAGGAGUCAGGCCAUACUCCUGCAAGAGAUGUGGAAAAGGCUUUUCUGAUUCAAGACACUUCAAAAAGCACAACUGUGUCAGUAGCUAACGCAAAUCUUCUGAUCGCACUUUCAGAAGUAAGAAAUGAGGAUUACAUGCCAUGAUGCUACAAUCUCAAUAACUUUACAAUCAAAUAACUUGAGGCAAAUGUGUAUGAGUCUGAAUACUGCAAGACAUUGGGUUUUGUUGUGUGGAUUUCCCAAAAGAUUCCAUAAUCUUGGCAUGUAAAUGAUUUCUUCACUGUGAUGAUCACAUCCCUAAUAUUAAUUGUCCAGUCAGACUUUUAUUCUAAUAGACAAGUCCAUAUAUUAAUGAUAGAGGAAUUCUAAAUUCCUGAGUGUUUUGCAGCCAAAACCAAAUUCACACUUUUAUCUAUUUCAUGAUAAGUUGUAAGUUUAUCAUUUGCAUGAAUUAGCAAGAGACCAGUCUUAAAAACAAGUUCAGCAUUUAUUCUUGAUGAGUACUGACCCAAAAUACAAAGAACAUUACAUUUUAAAGAGAGAACAUAAAAUGACGUCAUCAGUUUCACACUCUCUCCCAUCCUUACAAUAGCUUAGUAUACUCAGGCCUGGAGAUCUUCUACUCCCCUCAUAAAACAGACAUUCCAAUCUGUCUAAAAGAUAUACUUUUUCUCCCCUAAUGGAACAUAACCCAAACAUUCUUAUCUUGUCUGAAAAGCUAUAUCAUCUCUCCCCCUUAAACCUCCCAAGAGGUUAAUUCGUUCUGCUUACAUUUUCAGUAACAGCUUAACCAAGAACUCAUACUUUUCAUACCAUAACAUAAUAGUAACAUAAUAGUAUUAGAAUAAAUGGUUCUAAUCAAUAAUGUAUACAUAAUUAAUCAUUUCAACUACAAUUUCCUCUAACAAUUAACUACACUUUUUGUUCUUUGAAAUAGCCUUAACUAUUAGGUUGGAUGGCCUUAUGGGAUUCUUUCGGUGCAGGGAAGGAUGAACAAAUACCAUUUAUGCAGGGUAGAAACUAGGAGGGUGAUGAUGACAACAACAAAACUGCAGUCAUUUGUGAAAUAAACUUUACUGUUGAAACAAGAUAUUUCAAGGAUUUUACCAAAAUAAACCUGGAAUAAAGACAAUAUUACAAUA